GAGAAAUUGCAUUUCUGACGAUACCACAUUUGCUGCAUCUUUGUCUCCUGCUAUUCACCUAAUUAACUAUACUACAUGAAAAGCCAUUGCACUGAGAACGAAGGCUGGAUUCUCUGUCCAGCAACUUCACCUUGCCUUUUGAUUUAGGAACACCGUCCACAUCAUGAACUGUCAAGCAACAUCAAGAUGUUUAUGGUUACUUUUCUUUAUCUUUCCCAGCGCUGGAACAGAAAACCUGGAAGUCCCAACUUUUCAGCCCGGAAUCCUGUAUCAGUAUCGAUAUUCAUUGGACACCCAGUUAAAUUAUCUCUCAAGAUCGUCUUGGCAAAGAAGUGAGGUUCAGGCAGAAGCAACAGUUCAUGUCCAUCUCUUGUGGAGAAAUGUCAGCGAUGCAAAGGAGCACCUCCUCCAAGUUGAGAUACACAACUUACAAGUGCAUCACAAUCCAGACCAUAAGAAGAAUAAAACUAAUAACAGUGGCCCCUUCACAGGGGAUUCGCCAAACACUCCUGAACUGCAGCAGCCCAUUUUCCUCCACUGGAACAAGGGGAAGGUUGUAGCCUUAUAUGAAAACAAAGCAACAAGCCCUCUAACGUUGGAGCUGAAGCGAGGCCUUGCCAGUCUUCUCCAGUUUCAGACACAUUCUGGGAAAGAAACUGAGGAGGACAUUUCUGGGAGCUGUCAAGUAACCUACGCUGUCUCCAAGGAUUCUAUUUUGAAGACAAAAGACCUUCAUAGCUGCAUAAGACCAAAAUUUGGAUUCAGCUCUGUGAACAAAAUUUUUGAAGUCCUGUGGCAACCAACAAGUAAAAGUGUUUACUCUGUGGAUGGAAGUCUCCUCAAAUCUGCAUUGGCUGAGGAAAAUCAUGUGAUCUCACUGAGCCUGAGAUCUUCCAUUGGAGUCAAUAUCACCUCCAGGCAAUAUCUUGAGCUUGUUACUCAAAAGCCUGGAUCAAAAGAAUUAUCUGGAAUAAGUCUUCAGGAAGCACUGGCUGCCAUAUUGGAAAAACCUCAGCCCACUGAUAUAGCCAGUGAGCCUUCCAAGAGGAUCUGCACACAGUGUCCAACACUGAAGAACUACUUGAAGUCACUUGUUAAAAAGAAAUUCAAAAUGGAUGUCUCUAAGGCAUCAACCACCUGGAAAUUUCACAGAGUUGUCCAAAUGUUACGUGACGCAAAUAAGAAAGACAUUGUUGUACUGCUGAAAAAAGCACCACAAAAUAUGGUUCCCUUCUAUGUAGAUGCUGCACUGGCUGUCCAGUCAACAGCAUCUUUGAUGGCACUAUCUGAAUUUCUAGAUUUUGGGAAUGAGAGGCAGACGCCCUUGCUGGAGAAGUUCCUCUUUGGAGCAGCUGUAUCCCCCCGGCCUUCCAAGGAGCUGUUCCGUUUGGUGCUUGAUAAGAUGAAGAGGAAGACUGUAGACCCAAUUAUCUGGGAAACAGGAAACUUAGUCAUUGGCACCUUGGUCGGCAAGCUGUGUCGGAUGAAAUUGUGUGAGCUGCAGGAAGUCCGAACCGGAAUCGAGACUAUCCUGCAAAAUCUCAAACGCACCAGGGACAACGCCGAGCGGGUGCUUUAUUUGUUAGCCCUGAAAAAUGCUCUGCUCCCAGAAACCAUUCCCACCUUCCUGAGUUAUGCAGAGGAGGGCUCUGCAGCAGUCUCAGCUGCAGCUCUCUCCGCACUUCAGAGGUACCCCACGCAGUACAUUACCAGCCAGGUUAAAAUGGCAAUGAAUCGGAUUUUCCAUCAAAGUUGGCACCUGUAUCCAAAAACUUCGAGAUUGAUUGCUGCAGAAAUUGUGUUGGACAAUCAGCCCUCAACAAUGGACUUCAUCAAUAUCCUAUUGGCCACCAGAGAGCUAGAGCGGGAAAUGUCAAGAUUACUGCUGUCAAAAAUCCAAAGCAUUCUACACUCCCAUGAACAUUCAACCAGGCAGACGAUCAAAGACGUUCUGAAAGAUCCACAAAUAAAUAAUUACUACAUCCUCUCAUCCCGGAUUGGUAACUCUGAUGUCUUCUCUGGACCGCUGGCAGUCACCAGGGACAUAUUCUCUACCUAUGGCCAAGAGAUGCUGUUCACAGAGAGUGGGGUCCCGAAGAAAAGCACCACCAAUAUCAAUGUCUUAAGCCAUGACUGUCAACUACAAUUCAUUCAGGUGGUUUUGGAAACAGCGGGGUUUGAGAGUUUGCUGGGCGGUAGUGCUGAUGAUGAAGAAGAGCAAGAAAUCAUGACUGGCAUGUCGCCUGUUUUGCUUGAUGUCCAAUUAAGGCCCGUUACUUUUUUCCAAGGGUACACAGAUCUAGUGGCCAAGGUCCUAAUGAGUGGUAGUGAACCCAUCACUGUGGUCCGAGGGAAUACGCUACUGAUAGAUCAUCAGCAGGCAAUACCGCUUCAGUCUGGCUUGCAAGGUGUACUUACAGUUCAGGGAGGACUCGGAUUAGACAUUUCAGCCAACGUCAAUGUAAAUUUGUGGGAUCAAGAGCUCAAAACAAGCAUAAAAACAAGGGUUGCAUUGACCAUGGAUUUCCAAGCAGAAAUGGAUGCCCCAUUCUUUCAAGCCACUGUUCGAAGCCAGUCAGAAUUAGAAUCAGCCCUAGAUGGCAGUGUUUUUCUACAGCUUUCUGGGGGUCUCGUAUGUCUGCAGAUGAUACAGGAACCUGGCUCUUGCAGAGAAAGCUUCUUGGUCUUUGAAUCCUCUGGAAACCACAACGCAACUCUCCACAAAGGAAUGCAAACCACCUUCCCUGGGCUGUCUCUUCCCUUCCACAGGACCAAUUCCGAAAUGUGCAAAAUCCUGCUUUCAAAUUCCGAAUAACGGACUUGACAUGCAUUAGCUGAGGCAGAACAAAGACAUUUGGCUCAGAGAUUCACGCUCCUCAGGGUGAAUUUUCUCAGUCAAUGAUUCUGACACUAAAGCCAAAUCCUGGGGCAAAUUAGGUUUGGAUACUAUCAGCCUCUACCUUCUUGCCCUGGACCACCAAUUGAAAAGAUCACAACGUCCAUUCCAAGUCAGCAGGAGGCCUUUUCAUAAAGACACUCAACACAUUUUGGGGCAAACUUAUAGGCCCUCUUUAUCUGACCAUACCACCUUUGAAUAAUGUUGCACUUGUUUGUAAUUGUUGUUCCUCAAGUGGUCUUUUGUGCAGACACACAUUGGGAACUGUAUUUGUACAGGCCCAAUGUGUGCCUGCACAGAAGACCACGAAGAAAUAACUUGCAUUUUUGUUCAGGAAGGGCAAAAGGAAACAGUAAAUGUAAGGAAUGUAAAAGGAAUGUAAAAAGCACACAGAUUUUUAGACAAGUUAUAGGGAUUAUGAGAUGUGUUUGAAAAUCAUCAUCAAAUUAACAUGUCUAUGACCUUGAUGUGAUCGAUCAAGUGUCCACCCCAAUAGCAUAGAUUCUGAUGCAUCUUUCGGCAUUCAACUUUGCAUCGAAAAUUUGGCCAUGGCUGUUUCUCAAGAACGAUCUUGAAGAAAGACAUGUCUUUUCUCCCAGUGCAAGGACUGACUCGGCUGCGUUGACUGAACAAAAACAUACAGCCAAAUCCUACGAAAAAUUACAUAGAAGACAGUGAAGUAGAGUUUACUCUUAAAUAUGUAUGAUAGGCAUUGCAACCUAAAGGUUUCUUUUGUGAAGAAAUAUUAAGCACAAAUGGCUCAGAAAAGAAUGAGAUGUAUGCAAUUGCCCCCCCCUCCCCUCCCCCCAGAUUAAAUGAUGUUGCCAUUUCCCUGGCUGGACUUAGAGGACAGUUGCUGUUGAAAUCUGCCAUCGACAACCAUUUCAUGGGAGAUUUGCCAUCAGCUUCAAAUAGAUGUGAUGUGCUCA